AAGAAAGAUAGAAGAAAAAUAGAAGAAAAGAUAGAAGAAAAAAUAGAAGAAAAAACAGAAGAAAAAAUAAAAGAAAAAAUAGAAGAAAAAACAGAAGAGAAAAUGAAAGAUAAGACAGAAAAAAGGACAGAAAAAAAGACAGAAGAAAAGAAAAGAUGA